GGCGGCCAUUGGGCGCGUGUGUUUACAAUGACGCAGGAGAGCGGCCAUGGCUGACGGGCGAUGCUCGAUGCGCGUCGUCGUGGCAGGCCAUGGGCCAGGCCACACCUGCAGCUGGGUGUAGCCAUUGUGGUGAGGCGUGGAGCCUGCUUGCCUGCCUGCCCCUCCUUCGCGGGGCAGCAGCUUAUAUCCCACCAGCUCCGCCGCCGACCGCCCUCCUGCCUGCUCUUCUGCUCCUGCUCCUGCUCCAUUCCUUGCUCCUCUCCAGAAAGGACCAAUUGGUCAGAUAAAUCAAAAUGGUGCACCUCAACCGCGUUGCGACCGACAAGGAGAUCAAAGCCGCAAAGGGCCUCAUCGACGGCAUGAAGAAGUUCACCCUCGCUGUCGAGGACGAGCCCGAUGACUACACGGCGACCGUCUACGGCAGUAAGUAUGCCGCAGAAGAUCUUCCCAGGCACGAGAUGCCCGUACGUACCUCCAAUACCCUCCAUGGCCAUUGUUUACUGACGGCGCCAGGACCGCGAGAUGCCGCCCCAGGUGUAGGUUCCUUCCUCCUCCGAAGACGCAGCUGCCCAUGCUCACCCCACAAGCGCGUACCGCAUGAUCAAGGACGACCUCACGCUCGAUGGCACCCCGACGCUCAACCUGGCCUCGUUCGUCACCACCUACAUGGUAAGUGCCUGUCAUGUGGCUCUGUGUCGUUCAGCACCAGUGGGAAGCGUGGACCCCGCCAAUGGAAUACGAACAUCUUGACAAUUGCUUUUUGCGGCCUGGCGGUCUUCCAAGAGUGGAGCCAAUCCAGUCGACGUUGGCUGGCACGAUGCACGCAUUUGCGUAAUUUGAUGCUCUGCUUGAGGUGAAUGUAAGCUAAGGGAUGUUCGAGGAUGCUAGUAUGUCCAUCACCUCUGGCGGGCAGCAAUGGCCUCCGGAAAAUACUCGCCACAC